CGACAAAGACGAUAUCUUGUUAGUAUGUAGUAGUAGCGCCAGAGUAUUGUGGCCCCAUAAAAAUAUUCGGGAUAUUUGAAACGAUAUUACAAAUCUUUCUUUUGUCGUUGCGUAGAUGAAUACAUUUCGAAAAAGCUACUUGAGUUCGGGCUACCGCAGAGAUCGCGAUUUAGUUCUUCGAAACUGCAAAGUUUUUAGCUCCUCAAGAUUUUUAUUCUCGGUAAAAAGAGAGAAAGUGGAAAAUGGAAUAGAAAGAGAAGGACACGCGAAGAAAAACGCUGAAAAUAACGUAAAUGGCGGGUGGGAUAGAAGGGCUGGAGCAACUUCAAAAAGUCCACGGCGGAGCUACAAUGCUCGUCGCUUUAUUAUCCCGUUACCGGAGAACGUCCUCGUAAUCUUGAGGUUUUUUCUCUCAUGCGGAUAGUACAGAGAACGGAGGGACAGAUACACACACAUCUCCGCUAUUGUUAUUUGAUGUCACGUAAAAGUCGCAGCUCUAUGAUAAAAGCUUAAUCGAAAAUUUUUAACUAAAGUAAAAUUCCUUUUCGCAGAUUCUUGCAUUUUCGAUUUUACUUUAGUCUUCUUAUUUUUCUUACAUAAACUUUUUUGCAAUGCAUUUUAUAAAUCUUUUAAUUUAUAAGAAUUCCAAGAGCAAUUUUCUUUAGACUUUUUUUUUAAUCUCAAAUAUUAAUCUCUCGUGAAAAUUACGACAGAAAAAAAAAUUAUAAAGAUGAGAUCUGUUUCGUCGUGUUUGUGAAUCUCACAAUGAUCUCGAGAAAAAGAUAAAAUCUAAAAAAUUAAAGAGCUAUAAAUAGAGAAUUUUAUUUGCAUUUCCUUUUAUUAAUGUGAUUGACAAUCAGAUAAGCCAUCUUUCGCUUUAAAUUUCCGCAUUUUUCCGAACAGAAUCAAAAUUACACUUCGGUGUACGAACGAACGGAAAUUAUUCCGCCCUAUCUUGCUCUAAUCUUGGCAUGAGAAUGUGCACGCCUCCCUCGAGUACGACCUAUCGAAUAUCGCGGCAUUGUAGUUUCCAAGAACAGCCCUGCUCACGACACAAGCGAGCACCUACCGUUCCUCGCAAGCUCGGAAAGUCCAAUCUCCGCGAGGAAGAAAGCAGGCUGGGCGGUAGUACCGCCAACAAUGACGCUCAUUACGAACGCUAGGAAUUGAGUCCCCCGUUUCGUAAACCACCAGCCGUUUUACCCUCCGCGAAAGUUUUCAGAACAAGAAAGCGGCUGACGCCGUAAAACCUCGUUCUCCCUCGACGGCGCAGCGACGAUUCGGGGCGGCAUCCUUUCGAAAAAUAAUUUCCCUCGUCCGCGAGUUUCCCAACGAGAUUGCCCGACAAAGCGACAUUUCAUUCGCAACUCGGAAUUGUCUUUCGCGUUAAUGUCUAACAAACAUUUCGCUCCUGAAUCGAAGGAGCAUACCGCGGCUACUUUUAAAUCCUUUGGACCCUCCCACAUCUUCUCGGAGAUCUUUUAUUUUUCUCCUCGAAUUUUUAAGGAUCGCGGAACCGUCGUCGUUCGCGCCCAGAUAGAAAGAUACGAGAACUUUUUUUAACGUGCGUAACUGUACGCCGGUAAUUCGCGAGAAACUCUGAUGUUUCGCACGUAAAGUCGUUACACAGCAAAGUAACGUAAAGUUUAUGAUGCAACACAUUAUAUAUAUAUAUAUGUAUCACUAGAAUCAGAUGAUUACGACAUCGGGAGAAGUUGCUCAUUGCAAUGCCGAGAGUAACAUUUGAUGGCUGUGAUUCGAGACGUAAAAGUCAAAGCCAGUUGGCUUUUAUGGCACUUGUCGUUCUUCGUGAUAUACAAUAAUGCAGUUAGCCGAUAUACAGAGUAAACCGUCAAUGCAUCGGAGAUGGGAUUUUUUUCUUAGAACAUAUAUGAGAAUUCAAAUCUCCCCCUCUUUGAAAUUUUAAAAAUUAUUUAUGCAACACAAUGGCAAAUCUUCCGAGACAUGGUCCUUUAUAUUUAUUUAGAUCGAUUCACAGAGAUAUUACUGUGAAUCUCGAAGACAUAUUUAAUCACUUUGAAAAAAAUUAUUGUAAUCCUUUAAUUUUAUAAAUCUUAUUGAAUGAGCUUCUUUGCCUUAUUUAUCAUUCUUCCUUUUCUUCUGACUUUAAUAUUGCAUUUUUAUAAUAAUAUUUAGCAAUGUUUCUCAGAGAAGGUCUAUUUAUAAUGUUUUUUCUCAAUUAAAAAGUUUUUCGAGAAAUAUGAUCAUGAUUUUUAUAGUAAUAAUAACAAUAGUAAUAAUAAAAACUUAUAAACUUCAUUUUUUAUAAAUACAUAUUGCCUAUACACUUUUAUGAGAACGUACUUUUCCCCAAAAAUCUAAAGUACACCCUCAUGCCCGAUAAUAUAUUAAAAACAAUUUUUAUGUAUGAUUUUUCUAUCGAAAGAGGAAUAUCGCAUGCACGAUACUUUGGCGAGCAACUUUGCGAGCUACGCCUUAUUAAGAUAAAUUUCUUUCGAUACGCCACUUUUUUUAUCAUGAAGCGACUUCUGGUUUAUCCUGUGCAUACAUAUCGGAGAAGUUCACCGCUCCAGAACGGCGUAUCGUGCCACGCCAUAUAACGCUUUUAUAUCUCCGUGACGCCUCGUCAAUCACUCCCAAAUGGUUGCAUGCUUGAUCAUUCUUCCGCUAGGUGAGGAGCUUCGGAAGGGGAUAUGAAGAACAUAUACAAAACGUUGUAGCCUCAAUAUGUUACGAAACAUAUGCGAUAUGCGUGAAUUUGAACGUAAACGAGUCUUGUUUCGUCUUCCAGAUGUCUCAAUCUUUUCAAAAGAAAAUGAAAUUUAAGGGAAGUCACUUAGGCAAAGUUAUUUUCUUAAGAAAAGACAUUUUAAAAGACAAGUAUUCCUCUUUACUCCUCGUUAUAGAAAUUUAUUAGAAAUCUUUUCUACUUGUUGCCAUCUCGCAGAUAACUUAGUGUGUGCAACGAAAACCAACAAAAUUUAUCUGCCGGAUCAUCCUGGGUAUGUGCAGAAUCUCACAUACGAAAGCAGAAUUUUUGCGGAUCGCCGAUAACCCGCUUUAAGUCGGCGUGGAAAUGCGAGGCACGUUCGGAAGCUGGUUAGGAGAGAGAGAGCAGCGAUCGUAUUAUCACACGGGUCGAACGAAUGGAGCUUUAUUCGCGCCGACUGGAUUUUUAUAGCGCGUCUCCCGGCGCAUUUUUCUUGUUGCGCUGGGAGAGUGCUUUAUGCGGCCAUGAUCGAGCCGCGGAGGGCGUAUGUAUGCCUUUCAGAGGGCCAAUAUCUCUGGCUUCGAGGCCAGGGGCUCGCGAGCAUUUUGUCCCGGCAGCCGAGCCUUUCCGCUGCUCUUUCAACAAGGCGGGACGCGGAAGGGGGGAGAAGGGGCUGCCCGAAUGAUUAAGCUGCCGAUCGAUUCGCAUUUAUUUUCCUACCCUUCCCCGCCGCCUGCGAUGGCGGACGAUGCGGGGCACAGGUGCUACGGCCGACCGCAAAACGAGAACAACUCGCGCAAAGCUGCUUGCGCAUCGAUUUAUAUCUCCCGAUUUCCUCUUUUCCCCUCUCCUGUCGGCUUCACCAUGACGUCUCGCUUUACUCUCGUCUCUUCUGUCCCUUUCGACGAAAUCCGACUUUCGAACAUGCACGUCGGUUGCACUGAUGAGGGCGAACUGCGCGUUGCUCUAGCCGCUAGCGGAUAGUUUAUUCGGAUUGCGAUAGCCAGAUCUCGUCGUAUUUUGGGGAAAAAUGCUUUUCCAAACAUAAAAACAAUGAUAAAUCCUGGAACGUAAAAGAUAAAUCGAAAUUAAGAACGAAAUUCUAAACUAAGAGUGCAUAGAUGAGCGUAUUGCAUGAAUAAGUUGACAAAUAACGCCAUAAAAAUACUGAAUUAAAAAUAAAUGAUAACUUUAAUAAUUAACAAAUAAAUUAAUAUGUAUAAAUAAAAAAUUAGCUUUAGCUUUUGCUAUUCUGCUCUAUCCGUAUCAAACGUGUAUCUUAUUCUUAAAUUAAUUUGUAUUUUGGUUUCUCUUUUUUUCAAAUGCGAAGUCGGUUAUUUAUAACUACAUUGAAAAGUGUCAUUCUGUUUUACAUGUAACGAAAAAUAAAAAUAGAAUGACGCAAUGGUUCUGAUUGCGUGCUCCCCAACGAACGCAACUCAUCUUGCGAUCCAUAGAUUUUUAUGUACAACCCCUUUCUUCAUCCAGUCUAAAUACAGUCGGUUGCAUUUUACAAGCACACUGUUUAUCUUUUCGUAGGACGUUGAUGUUCAUGGCGAUGAAAAAUAAAAGAUAACACUGUCAACAUCGCGUGGCAUUUUGAAACACUGCAUUAAAAUUAUGUCGUACAAAUAUUAGCUUUCGCCACGUAAUUUCGGGAUUAAUAUGAGAUCAUGGCCGCUCUGUCAUAGAGCCUCUAACAGAUGCCAGCACAUGGCGCCAGCUAGCGGUACAUUUUACUGUCAGCUGACAGCUGCCGUGUUCAGUUGCGUUCGGCCAUCAUCGGCUACGCAGUCAGUGAUUUCGUGCGUGUUUGCGCCGCGUGGUUUCCGAGAUAACUCUCGUUUUUCUUAUCUGCGUGUUGGAGACGCACGCUUAAGACGGGUGUAUCUUGACAACGUUCACGCCGGUCGCAGAAUGGAGAACGUUUCUCUGUCCAAGGGAGUAUUUGCUUACAAAGGAAGUUAUAAAAUUGGAAAGAAAAAAAAGACUGUUUAUUGCCCGGCGUAUCUCAAUGAACCAUGGUAUAUUGCGUAUAACGAAACGUGGGGGUACAUCGAGCAGGCAGCAGAGAAUGUCAGAUCGAAAAUGUUCCAACAAGUUAUAUCCAAUUUGGAGUCUUUCGUAUCAAAAAUAAAAGCGACUCCAUUGAAUGUAUCGUCCCACGAAAUAGCCACGGCCAUUUUAUUAACAGGAGUAAAUGUUCCCGAUCACACGACACUUUUCGACACGACAGUAUCUAAACUUAGUAAAAUAACGCCGCACUUAGCAGUGAUUUGGAGCAGAAAUUGUAAUAGCGUGAAAAGCAUCAUCGAGGACACAGUGUAUCAAUUUAUUCAUCAGAGUACAAACAAAUCGGAAUCGGACGACGUUCCCGACAUACGUAAAAGUCAAUGCACUAUGCGCGUCUUAACAAAAUUGUUUGCGGAACAUCACGAUCCGGAGGAUCCUUUAGUUGUCAUUCUGCCGGAUUUUGAAAGCUUCUCCACCAAUGUAUUACACGACUUUAUUCUGGUGCUGAGUUCGUAUAGAAGUACUUUGAAAUUCGUACUUAUUUUUGGUGUUGCGACAACGUUACAUGUUGUACAUAAAUCAUUGACGUAUGACGUUACGUCGAAGUUAGUCGUGCAGGUAUUCUACACACAGACGCAAGUCAAAACAUUAGCCGAUAUAUUGGAAAGUACUGUUUUCUCUACAAAGAUUCCAUUCAAAUUAAUCGGCCGUGCGUUUCAACUGCUGACUGACAUUUUUCUGUUUUACGAUUUUUCGGUAGACAAUUUUUUACAAAAUUACAAGAUAUGCAUGAUACAACAUUUUUACGAAAACAAUGUAAGCUCUCUCUGUUGUCAACCGAAAGACAUAAAAGAGAGAAUAUCUAGGCUCACCGAUAAAAAUAUCGCGGACAUUAAAAGUUUACCGUCUAUCGCUAAAUAUUUGAAGGCAUUCAGUGAAGUGGAGAAUGGAGAUAAAGAGCUCAGCGAUGAAGAAUUCAUGGAGUUAUUGGAACAACUGUUAAACAAAUUUCACAAAUUUAUGGAUCAAUUUUUAAUCGUUUUGAGAUGUUUGCACUGCCUGGUUACUUCAUUACCAGGCUCGCCAAUGGGUAAACAGUUACGGGAGGUUUAUACCAAAGCGGUUUACACGAACGAUUUGAUAGAGUCCUUCGAAUACAAGGAGUGUUUGAAAUUACUGGGAUUUUUAUCGAAGGAGGAACUUCUCUCGAAACUCGAAUCUAUCGUAAAAAUUGUCGAGGAAUCCAAAGAUUCGAAAAUCACGAAAAUUAAGGUCAAUCUCAAUAAUCACAUCGAGACGAUUCGAGAAGCUAGUUUAAGCACCACAACGACUUCUGAAAUCAUCAGUGUGGAAGAGAAACUUAGUCGCAUGCAACUGAAGGAGAAAUUGCUCAAAAUGAGUCAGCAACAGUCGCGUUCCGCUUACAAGCAGGCGCAGCUUGACUUGAUCGAUUACUUGGACCGAAAAGUAUUUUCCGUUCAUCUGAUCGAUCCGAGUCGCGUGACGGCUCACGAGAUAUUUUGCUACAGCGACGGGAACCAGGCGAAGCAUCAUAUUCGCGGCUCUUUGCGGGCUGCCAUACACACGGGUUUGAGCGAUCCGCAGAUGUACCUGGACUGCGACUGCUGCAAAUUGGAGAACGACGACGACAUUCCGCGCACGCUCCCCGACCUGAGUAUAAUUUAUAAGCUGCAUUUGGAGUCCAGGAAGCUGAUCAAUAUGUACGACUGGCUGCAGGCGUUCCUGACGAUCGCAGAUCCGCGGUCCCAGUCUACGGAGCAGCGCGACGUAGAUCCGCAGCUGCAAGCUCGGUUUACUCAAGCGGUCGCCGCUCUACAGUUCCUCGGCUUCAUCAAGACUUCUCGAAGGAAGACGGAUCAUAACAAUCUGUGCAUCAUGGCACUUCUACCCGAAGCACUACACACAACGACAAUUCUGAGUUUCCUUGGAGAUCCGCGAAUACCGUAGAAAACUACCCUCGGGUAUCUCGAAAUUUCUCGGCGCAGAUGACUACAUUUCCCACGGGAAGCGGUCCUCUUUCUCGGACUUAUUUUCGUUCAAGAUGAAAGGAAACUUGCGGUGGCCGUAGAACGUCGCGGGGAGUCUACGGAUCCUUAAGGGAUCUUGGCCGCCAACCGUUUUCCGACACGGAAAUCAAUCUCAACAGCUUCUCGUAUCAAUCUCCCAUCGCACCUGAAGCACCCAAUCACGUCGGUGUCCGGGUGUCCUCCGCUGCUCGUCCAUUUGGGUGGAAGUUCGCCUGAAAAUCCUCAUGGGACGGACGCGAGAGACUACCCGAUGACGGCAAGGAAGAACAAUGUCUCCGCUUGAACCGCUCGUCCGGACGAGCGGUGGAUAUAUUGAUUUCUGGAUGAACCGGUCCCAUCGAACACAUUUUCCACCGUCCGGGAAAAAAACGUUGCGAGAAAUGUAUCACUUAAAAAUACAUCUGUUUCACAAAACAUAAAUUUUACAUAGCGUUUCUCUUCAGAGAUUUAAAAAUAUUCGUGAAUCUGAAAUACGAAACCCUCUUUAUAAAGAUUAAUCUAAAUUCUAUGAAUACAAAAUGAAUGCAAAUUAGAGCACUAUGAGAAAAAUAUCAAGUCUAAUCCGUUGAGUCUUCGUUCGAUAAUUAUCGACUGCCGUUGUAAAAUGAGGGAAUCAAAGAAAUUGGAUGCGAUCCGGGGCGCCAUAAUCGUUAUAUAUAGUAAGAGGAUUGGAAGCUCAUUUUGCACGAGAUUCCAUAUCAAGGGCAAUUGCAUGGAUAAUAGAAUUUAUCGUGAAUACCCCAUCAAAGGCAACCACAGAAUUCAUUUGCAACAUACGCUUGACAUUUGAUAAUGAAAUCACGCAUUUAUCCCAUGAAUUUACUAAAUUAUACAAAUAAACGAACGUGCUAUGUGUUCAAGCACGCGUGUUCAUAAAUCACAUUUAAAAAAUUACAGGUUUUAGUCGUUACUUAACACUUGUGUUUUGCAAUUCUAUCAUUCUGCUUUAUCUCAUUCUCAUACAUUACGCGUAAUUAGAUGCAAAACAACGACAGUAAAAAAUGGUCCGGCAAUAUUAAUGUGACAGUUAUGAGUUUGUCCCACUUUGAUUAAAUCGCUAAUCGAUCUACUAAUCUGCUACACAAAAUUAAUAAAUCUCUCUACAUGACGCAUAUGCGAAUGAAUGGAACUAAUUUAAAAUCGAUACUGACAUCAGAGUUCGCGGGUCACAAAAUAGAUUCGUAACAUUACAAACUACACUAAUUAACGUCAACCGCUCGUAAAUUGUGUCGUGUUUUAUCGCGACUCUUCGUGACGCUCAAUUAAAUUUUCGCGGACGUGCAAAUAAAUUGUUGGCAACGUAAAAAUAUACAUGUAUGUCGCAAUUUUAAUUGAACCUAUGUUUUCGCUCGCCCAUUUUCGCAAUUUACAUUUAAAUAUGGAAAAAAUAUCCGUGAAACUUUCGUAUUGCGUGCACUCGAGCUAACAUUCGAGAGAACAAGAGCUUUCAUUUAUAUGUAUUUUUUCGCGAAAUACGAUCGAAUAGAUCGCAGCUUAAGGCGAUAAGCGCGAUAUUUCUUUAAUAAUCGCAAUUUAUAUGACACAGGAACGUAUUUGCACGAAAGGGUUAAAUCCGUCGCUCUACUCCGCACGAGGAAUAAACAUAUGUCACGACGAUUACACGUUAUCUCGCGAAAGGGGGACCGGGGAGAUCGUUUCAUGAACGUAAAUCCUGAUAGAACCCCCGGUGCUCUGAACCUGACCCCCUCUCGCCUGUCGCCACCCACGUCACCCCUCGACGACCCUAACGCGAAACGCGUUAUUGCGAUUGAGUGCGGCCAACUACCCUCGUGUCGAUCCUCGAGCGUGUCAGAAGCUACGACAUUAAUGCACGUUGUCACGCGUAAUUAUGAGUCAGAGCCGAGUAAUCAUGCGGCUAUGGCGUACGGAGGUUCGCAAGGAAAACGGCCCGGUUGAGACGAGAUCGUCGACGAGGAGGAUCGGGCACGGGCAAGCAAACAUUAUCGCGUAUCGUAUUAUCAAGCAAAGUGAGAAACCCGAUCUUUGGGCGAAAUUUUGGCAAUAAAACAAGAACGUUUCGAAAUAAUUUGGUGUUAUUACGUGGGCGCUCGACGUUAUCGCGCGAGUCCAAUAGAUUCCCAUUUAAUUUCGGACGGAUUUGCGAAUGUGUCAAGGCAGGAGAGGAGGAGAGGAGGGCGUUUAUCAUAGUCGCGUGUAUGCGCUGAUGAGAUGUUCCAUGUACUCUGUCAUGCGAUAAUUCCUGCGAAACUGUAAUGUACAGAAGUAUCCGGGCUCCAAUGUAAAAUAGAGAGAUAAUCCUUACUGUACAUUAUAAUGCAGAUAUUAUCGUCGUUCAUUUGCGAGGUCUUUUCAAAUGAAAUCGUUUUGUUGACCUCGCAUAGAAUAUCACAAUGUGGAGUACGCCCGUAUUCGAAUCCGCGCGUAAUAAUCAUAAAAUGGUAAUCCACGAAAUUGUAUUGUCACAAGAUAAAAGCGGCAGCAAGGUAUAGCUGGAUAUUGUGCAACGUUUUCCUUUUAGAUUUAUCAAUUCUUAAAUUCUUAUACUAUCGACAUACAUUCUGUUAUCUGUAUUUUUUAUUACGAUACUAGAAAGUGAUAUUCACGAUAUUUUUUUCAACAAUUAUUUCGAGCAUAAUGAAAGAGAGUGAAAAUUAUACAAAAAAAGUUUUCAUGUACACACGUCCGUGUAAUGCGAAAGACGAACGAUCUUUUUUGUCUGAAUUACCGACCACAUUUUACCUCCAAUCAGCGAGUAGGUUAAGUUCCCCCUGCUGUGCGCAAGUAAUUCGCAAUUGGCUUGGUUCGAUUCUACGCGCGCGGGCCCUUUCGGCUAAUUUCAAUUAGGGAUAAUUGAUUGCUUUACACCCAUCGUUCCGUACUCGGUCCGUCCUCUUUGUCCGCGCUCGGCGGAGGACCAUUUCGCGACGGAGACAGUCAUCGAAAUCGAAAGACAAAGCGAGAGAACACGUGGAGAGAAACAGAGAGAGAGAGAGAGAGAGAGAGAGAGAAAGAGAGAGACAGACAGUGGGAUAUCUCCUUCAACAAUCGAGGGUCCGAGCAGACGAGGAAUGUAGGUGGAGAAGGGAUCUAAUCGCAUGCGGUCCAUCCCUAUUCAACCAUCCGAUUCAACUACCAUCGCAGUCGGCCACCGUGAAGGAUAUCACUCCUCUAAUUGUUGGCCAUUGAUCACUCGAUGAUCGAGCGAGCGAGAAAAGGCGGAAGAUUAAGAUGUCCGUCUCUAAUUAAAGAGUUUUUUUUCCUUGCUAUGCCUCUUUCCCAUUACCUUCCCAUAGAGUUUGAAAAAAGUCUUCGCGUAUAUACGAGCACGAGUGCUUUAAGGAUGUGCACGUUCAAAUACUCAACCGUAGUCAACCUCCCCCCCCCCCCCCGAGACGAGUUUCUAUAUCCGGCCGCGACACCCCUUCUCGUCAAAGCCUGCGGCGCUUUCGCGAUUGCAAUGAAGAAAAUGUUUGCGCGAAGGAAACAAGGAAUUAAGGGGGGCGGUGCCGCUUUAUGCGAAAACUCCCUUCCCUCGGCUUCGUAUGCAAGUCGCCUUAGGCGAGAAGAGGGAAGAUUGCUCCGACUCGGCAUCGUUGAAUAAAAUUUUAUUUUGAUAAGGGACGAGGAGAAUUUUUAAUAUCUCUAUACAGCUAGAUUAUCAGAAUAUUUUUGGAUUUUUGUGAACUUUAGUGUCUCCUCGAUAUUUGAAUCCGGUCGUUCUUACGAUGGCAUACAAGCUUCCACGUUAUGUCCCUUAUAUCUUACGGAUACUCGUUUUAUUUUUCCACUUAAUCCCCCUGGCUCCAUUCGAAGUGUGUGUCGGAGAUUUUAUUUAUAUUGCCAGCCGUUAUUGCCGCUGCGCGCCGUCGCGUCGGGACGCGCGGAAGAGGGUUGGCGGUCUUCAUUAGGUCUUCUUCGCGUCUAAUCCAACUUGAAUGCCGGCGUCGUGGAGUGGAGGCAGGGUUGUGCUUCCCGUACACGAUACCCCUGGGUAUUUUGUAGUUAUCCUAGGCACGGACCACCUCGAGCAGCCGUUGACGGAUAAGCGUGGUUCGCGCGCGCGACGCGCAACGCACUCUUCGCUACUUGAUUAAUUGAAACAGCUCAGGAAUGACUAUCGGCCGGCCUUUUCAACAGCUUGCGUUAAAGCAAAUGCUUCGGCAAACUUGAAAAAACGACGCUGAAUUAUCAACGUCACCGAGCGUCCGCCGCGGCGUAUCAGUACUGGCGAUAAUAAAUGCGCGAGCAGAUUUCUGUCGCGAAAAUGUAGCCAAUUUAUUCUCGUCAUCGCGAUACGGACGCGGCCUCCGUACGUGGGUGCGAUGGUAUCGUCGAGCGUUCCGGGCACUCGGAAAAAAGGAGCUUUAGCAUAAUUACGUCGUUUCAAGCGCGAGUCGCCGCGAAUGAGGAUGCGACGAGACACCAGGCUGUGUCCCCGCGUAUAAUCAAAACACCGUCGGACGUGUUACCUGAAUUAAUCGCAAAAUUGUUUGACCUUUCCAAGCUUGUUGUAAUUUUUCGAGUUUUAUUCACGUUACAAGUCAUAAAAACAGUACGCUUGGAAAAUGUGAUUAAUUUUUGGUCUAUUUUUACACUUUUUAUUGUGCAAAUUUCACUUUAAUCUCUAAAAAUAUAAAAAUAAUUCUAAAAUAUCUUUCAAAUAUUGAUAUUGAUAUAUAUAAAUUUUGUAGAUUUAAAUUGGUAUUUUUUUAAAUGUUAGAUAAAAAUUGAAUUUUGUGUGUGGUCAAAGGUUAUCACAAAGGUUAUCAUGAUUACCUUUGAUCAGAUACUUCAAAAAAGUAUAUAUAAAAAAAAGUUAAUACAUUUUGAUAUUUUUAAAACAUUUUUUCUUCCUUAUAAAAUUUUUUAUAAAAUAUAUGAAUAAAAUUAAUUUGACUAACAAUAAGAUGAUAUCUAAAUCAAAACAUAUCAUUCAAAUUUUAUUCAGUCAGUGGAAAAUAAUUAAUAUAAGUAAGCGACAGAUUAUCAAUGAAUUUUUCUCCGUACAGUUUGUAAACUUUGUGCGAAACUUAAGGCGUUCUUUUCGGUCGGUUAGUUUAUUAUAAAGUAAAAUACGUGGCCGCAUUUAACAACCAACAUUAGAUGCGAAAGCAAUUAGGAAAAAGUUUACGAGUGACGCGGCGUCCCGUGACGGAGCGUUCCUCCUAGAAAGAUUUUAAUUACAAUUUGUAAGCGCGACGAACGGUCGGCCCGUUGUGUUUAAGUCUCGUUUCAUUAUCGCGCCAGAAUGCAAGUUUUUUAACUGUCCUGACGUUUAUAUGACAUAAUUAAGAGUUUUCUGACACAACCUGUAACGUCCCGCUGCGACGGGACCGCUCAAUACUUUUUCACGCCUCUUUCAUCAUCAUCAUCGUGACGAGAGUCCGCGCGUUUUAUACUCAACGGAGGGAAACGUGUUCUCGUUUCACCCGACGCGAGAACGCGGAUUGUCUUACAUUUGAAAAAUUAUUACGCGAGACGAUUCAUCCCGGGGCCUUAUCUUAAUUGGUUUAAACUCGGCCACCGCUACGAGGAGCAGAUUGGAAUUUCUGGUGGCGCAUGCACGAUUAUGCCGGAAGCGUACACGCGAUAAAACGUUGCGGAAUUAAACGAGAUUAAAAUCUGUAGGAUUACCGCCACAUCAAAGCGGCCCUUUUCUUUUUGCCUGAACUCGUGUACAUUGAAAUCUGUCGCAAUUUUAAUCUCUUUCUCUAAUGAGAAUAAUAUGCAGAAAAAUGUGUAUAAUACACAUAUAAAAAGUAUAAUGAUGUACACAAUUAUGCGUACGAGAGGAACCUUUUAUCAUAAAGUACCAGAUGUGUCUGCUAACGUAACUAUACACAUCUCGUAACCGACAGAUCAAAAGAUGAGAAUUAAAAAUGCAAGAUACAUUAACGCGACAGUUAAAAGGCAGAAUCUGAAAGCGGAUUUCGAUUAACGGCAAUACGAUUCGGGAGAAAAGUAUAUUUCAUUAGUCUAAUCUGAUUGUGUGAAAAUCAUCAAAGAGUGAUUAUCGAAUCUACCCGGAAAUCAAGCGGAACUCUCCUCCCUCUCCUGAAAACGUACGCUUCGCGUUCUCCCUCUGUUAAUUCUCACAACCGACACUCCAUCGUGAUUCAAUAACAGGUCAAUAAUAAACUCGAUCACCAGGAGGAAACGAUGAGGUCUCUCCCAACCCACUCGACUACUCGCGGGAUUCUGCAGUCACCGACAAGACAAACGUAGCCGCCCCUUCCUGGCCUGUGGCUACGGGGAUGUGUCGCAGACGCCCGUGAGCGGCUUGUUCCCCGGCACGUAGAGCACCAACCUCCUCCCCUCACCUGCUUGCCGUGACUCGCUCAAAGUCGUUGGCAGGCACACGUACACAGGCAUACACAUACAAUUUGGACCCUGUCGUCCGCCGCCAUCGCCGUGCCCUGGACUAUACAACGUCUUUAAGUUUCGCACAAAGACCGGAGGAGCAGUUAAGUUACCUAGAAGCCAGAGUUCGCACCGUUCUCCUUUGUCAUGCCUCCCUCUGACCUAUCCACCCGACGGCGCGGCGGCGCAAGCGGUUCUGCCUCUCUCUCUCCCUCUUUCCCCGCGUCUUUCCCUUCGCUCGCUCUCCUCACGCGACUUCUCCGUCCCCAAGGCGACGAAGUCUUUAACUUUCCGCGACUAAAUUUACCGGCAGUCGAAAUACCCGCCAUUGUCACCGCCCCGUGUCACGGGCCGGAUGAAAGUACCGAGUAUCUUCAGAUUCGUCUGAGUUCGAAAUGUUGGAUUGUCGCGUAAGUUUAUGGUAUCUUCAAUUAUUUGGAACCACUCUCAAUCCUGCGAAAACUUUUCCGUGUUAUUUUUUUUACACUCGAGCAUCGGAAAAAAUGAAACUGAUUGACGUCACAGCAAAUCCUUUUAUUGAUCCAAAAUUCAAAUCUGCCUUUCACUCGAAAAUCUCAAGACGUUACACAAGAGAAACAAGUUGUGAUUCAUACAUUCACAAUUAUCGAUUGAAAUUAACUAGAGUGUAAAAAUCAUUCCCAGAUAAUCAUUUACGCAAAUAAAAGUUUCCGGGUUUCAGGGUAAGUGAUGAAUAUGUCCUCCGAAGACAAUGGAAUUCAUAUUUCGGUAAAAAAAAUUCUACACGCAAAAUUGCCAAGUACGAUUGGGAACUUAGAAGUCUCUUGUCGAGAGGUUCAACCGGAAAUCGAUCUGAAAUUUGUUCCGUUUUCCUCUUUUCUUUUUUAUUCCGAUUGGAUUUUCAAUUUUUACCGAAGGAGAAAUCCCGAGAAA